AUGAUACUGCAAUUGCUGGCCAUUUCGGCCUUUGUCUCCCUCGGUACCGCGCAGACCUAUACCAGCUGCAAUCCUACCAAUAGCCUGAAACAAUGGAGCCUGUCCACCGAUUUCACCCAAGGCAGCUCCGAUGAAUGGACUGCCAUAUCGGGCAAUGUCACCUACGGCAGCAAUGGAGCCGAAUUCACCAUCAACAAGCGGUACGAUGCGCCUACUCUCGAGACCAACUUUUACAUUUUCUUCGGCGAGGUCGAGGUUGUCAUGAGAGCAGCCAAUGGCACCGGUAUCGUUAGCUCCAUCGUCAUGGAGUCGGAUGAUCUGGACGAGGUUGACUGGGAAUGCACUGGAACCGACACCACUCAGAUCGAAACCAACUACUUUGGCAAAGGCAACACGACCAGUUAUGACCGCGCCAUCUGGGAGACCGUCAGCACUCCCCAGGACGAAUUCCACACGUACAAAGUCGUCUGGACCGCCGCCGCCAUAACCUGGUACAUUGACGGGACCUCCGUGCGCACACUCGAGUAUGCUGAUGCCCUCGACGGGAAGAACUACCCGCAAACACCCAUGGUCGUGAAGCUGGGCAUCUGGGCCGGAGGAGAUCCGUCCAACGGCGAGGGAACGAUCGAGUGGGCCGGCGGCGAGACGGAUUACGACGAUGUUCCCUUCACCAUGUACGUCAAGUCGGUCAACAUCAUCAACUACAACCCCGCUGCUUCGUACAACUACACCGACCAGACGGGUUCGUAUACCAGUAUUGUGGCCUCGAACUCGACUACCGGCAGCGGUAUCCAUAGCUCGAACUCGGUCAGUGUGUCCGCUUCUUCGUCCUCUACUUCCACCUCUACGUCCUCCAUCUCCACCUCUACGUCUUCUAAAGCAUUGAUUGCUGAGGCGAGUACUUACCCAGCCUCUGUGCAGACCUCGAGCAGUGGUGUUGUCAGCUCGUCCUCGUCGUCUGCUUCCUCUUCUUCCUCAACUGCUGCUGCAUCCAGCUCAGCUAGUUCUUCGGCCGUGUUCACCGGUGCUGCUGUGACCAAUCUGCCUUGCUUCUUUUUUACUGCUUUCUUCGCACUGGCUAUCGCACUUGCUUUCUAA